CCUCAUCACUCAUUCUUCUCCAGCUUCAGCAGAAGAGUUCUACAUCAUCAUCAUCAUCAUGGCCACCUCUUUCUCCAGCCGCAGUUUCAUCCCUUCUGCCACUAUGAAGAGCAGUUCAUCCCUGUUCCACAGAAGCUCACAAGGCAGUGUGCAUGGAGGAGCUGGAGGGUAUGGAGUGCGCAUCUCCACCGCCAGGUCAGCCAUCAGAGGCAGCUUUAACCUCACCGAUGCCAUCGACUUUACGGAAAAUGAGAAGCUAACAAUGCAGAACCUGAACAAUCGUCUGGCCUCCUACCUCGAGAAGGUGCGCUUGCUGGAGAAGGCCAAUGCUGAGCUGGAGCUCAAGAUCUGCCAGUAUCUUGACAGUAAGACCUUGCCUGUGGCCCGAGAGUACAAUGCCUACUUUGCCACCAUCACUGAACUUCAGAACAAGAUUCAGAAUUCCACUAUUGAAAAUGGAGAACUGUACCUGCACAUUGAUAAUGCCAAACUUGCCACUGAUGACUUCAGAGUAAAGUAUGAGAACGAGUUGGCCCUGAGGCAGUUGGUGGAGGGUGACAUCGCCGGGCUGAGGAGAGUCCUGGAUGAGCUGACGUUGACCAGAUCAGAUCUGGAGUUGCAAAUUGAGGGUAUGAAGGAGGAGCUGAUCUUCCUCAAGAAGAACCAUGAGGAGGAGCUCGUUUUGGUACGCUCACAGAUGAGCGGGCAGGUGAACGUGGAGGUGGAUGCCACACCACAGCAAGACCUGAUGGCCAUCUUGACUGAAAUGCGUGAACACUAUGAAUCUGUGAUUGCUAAGAACCGCAAAGACAUUGAGGCAUGGUUCCAGACCAAGAGUGAAGCACUGAGCAAAGAGGUUGCCAUCAGCACAGAAAUCCUCCAGACGUCCAGAUCUGAAAUUACAGAAAUCAGGCGCACUCUUCAGAGUCUGGAGAUCGAGCUUCAGUCACAGCUUAGCAUGAAAGCAUCUCUUGAAAAGUCUCUGGUUGAGAUACAGGGCCGCUAUGCACAAAUGCUAGCUGGCUAUCAGUUUCAAGUGACAAGUCUGGAGGAGCAGCUGGUGCAGCUUCGUGAUGAUCUCGGUCACCAAGCUCGGGAGUAUCAAAUUCUGCUGGACAUCAAAACCAGACUGGAGCUGGAGAUCGCUGAGUACAGAAGACUGCUGGAUGGAGAAACAACCACCAGCACCACAACCAGCUCUAGUGCCAGCACUCAGAAGCUUGUGAUUAUCUCAGAGGAGAGGGUGGAUGGUACAGUGGUAAAAUCCUCCCAUACUUCUGAGAGCAGAACCAUCACCAAUGAAGCAUUUUGAGUCUCCUCGGAGCCAGAUGAUGACUUCCAUCCUGUGACAUGCUUUCUCAAUGCUUACAAAGCAAAAUAAAUUCAAGUCAAAGCA